UCACCCUUGUUCGUACCUUGUCUUCUUGUUCCCAUUUACGACUUCUGGAAGUUCUUUUUGCAUCUUUUGAGAGGCUCAUAGACGCUUUUCCUGCCGAUUUGUUUCGAGCAUGUGUUCUGUGGCUGGCGAAUCCAUAGUCUCCUCGUGCUAGAUUCUCCUGAACGUGCGAUGUGGAACCUUUUGUCUAGGAAAUUUUGCCACGCGCAAGAAAGCUAUAACUACGUGAUGGGGGGCCAGUGGUGUUCAGCUGGUCGACUAUGUUUUCCCCCAGUGUCUGGAGUGUCGUCCUUGUCUCGUCUCUAUUGGCCCGGCAUACUAUCGCGGAUACCACUUCAGGGACCUUCUCCUUGUUGACCUAUAAUGUCGCGGGCUUACCUGAGGGCCUCUCGUCUAGUAAUCCUGAAACAAACACACCGUUAAUAUCAGAACGACUGGGCCCAUACAAUGUCAUCAACGUCGAAGAAGAUUUCAACUACCAUGCUGCGCUUUAUGCGAGCGACAGUCAUGCGUAUCGCACUCCUACGUCAGGUGGUGCAGGUAUUGGUUCUGGUCUCAACACACUCUCUGACUUUGAAUACAUCGAUUUGGAACGCACUACCUGGGACAAGUGUUACAUAAAUUCCGGGGACUGCCUGACACCCAAAGGCUUCACCCUAGUGCGUAUCCGCGUAUCGGACGGCGCCUGGAUAGACUUGUACAACCUCCACGCCGACGCCGGUGUAGAUGAAGGGGAUCUCGAGGCCCGAUCGUCGAAUUUCGCCCAACUUACCGAGUUCAUGGAGACAUGGUCUGCGGGUAUGGCUGUUAUCGUCAUGGGCGAUACCAACUCCCGGUACACCCGAGUGACCGACUCAGAGUCUCUCCAUGGGUUCAUUGACGAUAAUGGCGUCACCGACGCUUGGAUUUCCCUCAUUCGCGGAGGCUCGUACCCCGAGGAAGGCGCUGACGCUCUCGUGUGCGACUUCCCCUUCGCUGCGGGCACCACCCAAGCCGAGAUGGUCUCCUGCGAAACCGUCGAUAAGAUAUUCACCCGUUCGAGUUCUAUCAUUACACUCACCACGACUUCUUUCACCAACGAAAAUGAUAAUUUCGUCGAUGACGAUGGGGCACCGCUCAGUGAUCACUAUCCAUUGUCGGCUACUGCAUCGUGGAGCCUCUCUUCUUCCCUUCGUCUCUCGGAUCCUACGGGUGGUCCCCACGGUGACCCAUUCAACGACAUUGCCACUUCUCUCACGGACGAUGUACCCACCAUCGCAUCUAUCACUAUUCGUUCCGGUAGUCGUGUCGAUGCUGUCUCUUAUGACCUAUUGUACCCAAGCGGAAGCACGAGCACCGUGUAUCACGGUGGCACAGGCGGUGACGACAAUACGCUUUCCUUGACCAACGGGGACUACAUCACACAGAUUACCGCAUGCAGUGGCAAAUACAAUGACCACACGCGCGUUUUCUACCUCAAGCUUACCACCAACUCUGGUAGUGUCCUGGAGGGUGGAGUGACUACAGACGAUUGUCUGAUUACUACAGUGCCUACGGACGCUGGUAGUGGCGGCGCAUGGGGUUUAGUGGGAUUCUGGGGAAGAAGUGGAGACGAGGCAGACAGACUGGCUGGUAUUUGGGGUGCAGUGUACUGAACAUUUUUCGUCGCCAUGUACUACUUAGUUGGACUUUUGAUUUCCUUUUCUUGAAGCCGUUCGUUUACUUAAUGCUCGAA